AUGGCUCGUCAAAAUUUUAUGGGUUUAGUUGUUUCCCAAGGGAAAAUGCAAAAAACCGUUAAAGUACGUGUAGAGACAAAAGUUUUCAAUAAAAUUAUUAACAAAGAAUUGUUCCAUAGAAAGGAUUUCUUGGUUCAUGAUGAAGGGGAGAUUGCCCGUGAAGGUGAUUUAGUUCGUAUUGAAGCCACUAGACCAUUAUCAAAGCAUAAAUUCUUUGCCAUUGCAGAAAUCAUAAGAAAUAAAGGUCAACAAUUUGCCCUUUAUGAAGAACAAGCCAAGACUCAAGUCACCAGAGAAGAAUAUAUGAAGACACAAGAGUUUUUACAAAGACGUAAUGCAGCAGCUAAGAGCAAGGAUAGUCUUCUACUUGAAGAUAUACGUAUUAUUCAAACUGCUAUAUCUAAUGGACAAUCUCCUCAGGAAUUAAAGGAAAUUAAGGACCGUUAUGGUAUUCAAGAGUUCACUCCUGAGACUAUUAGAAAAUUAGUUUCAUUGGAUAUCACAAAGAUGGAAAAUGAAGUAAACUUACAAAGAGAAAGGAUUGAGAGUGUGCAAGCAAAGAUCGAAGACCUCUUAUCUGAUGAUGUGAAAGCAACUGAGUUUUUGAAAAGCAAGGGUAUUGAAGAACCUGCAUUAUUGAAGAAAAACAUAAAGAAGAAUAUACUGAAAAAGUACGUGCUUCAAGAGUUGAGAUAA